UUAGGAAAAGCUGCUCAGCACUGAAGGCGCAACCAGAGAGGAGAGGCGCGAGGGGCGAGGAGAACCUGAUCCAACGGAUGAACGAGCGACCACCGGAGGGGAAAAGAGACGGCAGUGAAAUACACACGGAGCCGCUUCUAAAGAGAAAGACACUUAGAUUAGACGCUUUUUGCAGUGACACGAAUCGCGCAGGGAUGAGAAUAAUCUGACUUCUUUUUUUUUGCACUGGAGAGUCCAGAGAAUUACGCACGCAGCACCGUUCCAAGGUGAACCAACUUUUACGCACGGACAUUUGGAGAUGUAAGGACAACAAAGCUGCACAGUAGUUGCAUUUAACUGCGCGUUUGGAUCUGGAGUUUAUAAUCUGACUAUUUUUGACUGGAUUUCUGUCUGGAAAACACUUUGGCACAUGCGGACCAACAUUUUUAAUUACGUAUUUGGAGAAAUUUAUUAGGAGUGUCUCUUGAAUUGCAUGCUGAUAUCGGAGGAACCGUGAGACUGCAAUAGUCGUGUAUUAUAACACCGUGCAUUACGCACUUGUCCCACUGUAGGCUACCCUUGACGUCUCCUUUAGUGAGUUUUCAAACAGCGGCAUGGACAGAGUCAGACGUCUCGCCUUCGCGUGAGUCACCGUGAGCAAACAUUUGGACAAGCGGCGCUUUUAGGCAGUGACACAUUUGGGAUAUUUAACAGUGCGUGCUUUGCACCAGCGGCCAGCGCACGACAACCGGGACAAGGCUCGGUGCAGCCGGGGGAUUGGACGCCGAGGUGCUAAAUGCCCAGCCGGUCGCUUGCGGCUCCACAGGCUGGGCGGCAACAUGAGGUCCUGGGUCCUGCUGCUGCUGCUGGCUGCGCUUUUAGCGGCCCAUCUGCGGCUCGGCAGCGCUGAGGGCGACCCGCUCCCUGCAUCACUGGUCGACCUGGUGAGGAACUCUCCCAUCUCCUCCGUGGACGACCUGAAGCUGCUGCUGCAGCAGGAGACCAACGCAAUAGAAGAAGAAGAGGACGAGCAUGACAUUCUCACAAACCACACCCAUGGUCGAUACAUUAGAAGUCUUGUGGAGGCACAGCCGGCCCAGCAGGCGGCCUGUAAGGUUCGAACAGAGGUGAUGGAAGUAACGAGAUCAAUGUUGGACCGCCGAAACGCCAACUUCCUGCUGUGGCCGCCGUGCGUGGAGGUGCAGCGAUGUUCGGGCUGCUGCAACACCAGGCUGCUGCAGUGUGUCCCCACAGUCACCUCCAGCAGAUACCUGCAGGUGAUAAAGAUCCAGUACAUAAACAAGAAAGCCCACUACGACAAAGCCAUCAUCUCAGUGGAAGACCACGUCACCUGCAGGUGCCAGACGCACUCAUCCACCUCUUCGUCUUCUUCUUCCUCCUCGUCUGUUCCCGUCCCUCGCUCCUCCACCCAGAGCUACCCCAAUCCUCCUCCACCUCCACCGCAGCAGCCUCCCCUCUCCUCCCACCUCCCCCGACCCGUUCACCCUGCUCCACCCAAGACUCACUCCUCCAAGGCUGACCUCCAUCGCCACGACGACCUGAAGCACAACCAGCAGCAUUUCCAUCCUGAGGAGCGUGAGCCGGUGGCGAGGCAGUGGCAGCAGGGCAGCUACACCCAGCUUGUGCACUGGACGCAGCCCAGGGUGCAUCAGGCGCCCACGCAGGUGCAGGCGGGGGCGCACCAGACGAUCACCGGGAUGCUCGGGUCGGUCGGCAGCUGGCCGUCUGAAGCGAGGGCAGAACACAGUGUCAUGGGAACUACACAGCAGGUGGGGCAUGGCAGCGGGUAUGACGGGAGCAGAGAGGAGACUGGUGUGCACGUGUCAAACAGUGGGGGCGAAGUGCAUCAUCCGGAUCACACACAGAGGCAGCAGCAGCUGUUGCAGCAUCAGCAGAGGCAGCAGUAUCAGUAUCAUCAUCAGCCGCAUUAUCCACAACAGCACAACCACGGAGGGGCAGAGGACCAAGAGCUGAGGACACAGUAUCGACUCAACGCUGCCCAAUCUGACAGCGCCUCCCCACCUGUCAGCCCAACCCAACCGUCCACAUUAGCAGAAAUCCCCACCCCUCUACCCACCGCUCAGAGAGACUCAGUGACCGGCCGAAAAAAUACAGAGGUCACACAUCACAAACAGACUGAGACUGCAACGGCCAGUCAAAAAGAAGGGAAUGUGAGGGAGGAAAGUGGGUCGGCCAAUAGCGGGGACUCGGCAGGGGCUGAGCCGGCCAAUCAGGGGAAGGAAAAAGACUCUAAAGUGACCAGUGAGGAUGGUCGUUUCACAGAGGAGGAGAGGAGACAGAAACUUCUGGAGAUGGUACAGAGGGAACCGGAGAAACCGACUCUCCUUCAUCCACAUCAUCCUCAGCAAAGACUAAAGCCAACAGCCGUCUCCACUGUGGCUCCCGUGUCGGCAUCAGCCCGUCAGGCCCCGUUCCGACCUGCUUCGCCACGCCGCAGGAGAAAACAUCGCAAACGCAUCAGCAAAGCAGCCAUGAGAGCCAUGAUCAUGUAGAGCUGGAGGAAGUGGUGAAGCUAACCAAAAGAUUCUGGCCAAAAGCAUUGCUCCAAAGGAAUAUGGAGACAAGAAGAAUGAGAUUGUUAAACAUGGGACUCUGUGAAUGGAACUGAGGUGGAGGACAGUGCUGCUGUUUUCAAUGGACAGCUUUACAGAAAGUCACCUUUCCUGCUCCAAAGAUGCCACAGAGCAUCCAGCGUUAUGGAUCUAACAGAAGUGCAAUCUUAUGAACUCCUCAGACUGGAGGAUAUUUGUCACACUAAACACUGGAUUUCAUUUGUUUGAACUCCACACUCCAUCAACGUGGAUUAAUGGAAGAGUAACAGAUGAUGAGAGAAAGCUGGACUGGUGGCCUCUUCUUGCAGUUUGCAGCCAUUGAUUGGCUACUUUCACACUUUUGACUUUGAGCUAAUUGUUCAGCCAACGGAAAACAUGACUGUAGCGUGGACAUAGAAGUCAGUGUUUGGGGCUGAAUGUGGAGCUCAAGUUGAAACUGGAAACGUGGAGAACUGGAUUUCUACACUGGGAUGAUAAUUGGAAACUGAAGAGUGCAGCUCAAGCCUCAAUGCCAAACAUUACUGUUAUCCUAAAAUGUCUGAAAAUCUAACAUUAGCUAACACUGGAGUAGCCAUACACUGAUCAUACUACACUGACUUUAGAGAAGUGCUCUACCAUGUACUGUAGCUAAACGUACUGGAAAAUAUCGAUAACCUGCUCAUUUUGUACUACUGCCAGAUCAAAAUGGAAUGGAAUAACAACUAAAUGCCUGCUUAGAUAACACGCUAUGAAUAUCCACAUUAAAGCAAGUCUUAAAAGACCUGGCUUUUAGAGAUUGCUGUGAGCCAGUUAUAGCCAACACUGUAUUGUAUAAAUGCUUUUAGAAAAUGAUUCCCAGGGGAAAAAGAAAAACUUUAUUUCUUAACUUAUUAAAAAAAAAGGAGGAUUUGAACUCCUCUGGUUCUCAAGUGUAAUUAUUGUUGCCGACAUGUUCCAGAUUAUAAUUAUUGGUUGUACAACUGUUACUGUAAUGAAUGUUAUUUUUAAUAUAAAAUAAAAAUGUUCAAGGAA